AUGCAACCCCACCCCUGCAGACAAGGGUUUCAAAAUGUAUUUUCUGCUUUUCAGGAUGAAUCUUCAAGUCAUGAAUGUAACCAGCGCACAAUCCUUCUUUAUGGAGUGGGCAAAGAGCGUGACGAAGCGAGGCAUCAGUUGAAGAAGAUUACCAAAGAUAUUUUGAAAAUCCUAAAUAAGAAGAGCACCACAGAGACGGGGGUUGGAGAUGAAGGACCAAAAGCCAGGAAGAACAAACAGGAAGCAUUUCCGACACUAGAGACUGUAUUCACAAAACUUCAGCUCCUUUCAUAUUUCGAUCAGCAUCAAGUGACGUCUCAGAUCUCUAACAAUGUGCUGGAACAAAUCACAAGCUUUGCUUCAGGAACAUCCUAUCAUCUCCCUUUGGCUCACCAUAUUCAACUUAUCUUUGAUCUUAUGGAGCCAGCGCUAAACAUCAAUGGACUAAUUGACUUCGCAAUACAGCUGCUAAAUGAACUGAGUGUUGUGGAAGCCGAACUGCUCCUGAAAUCCUCCAGCCUGGCAGGAAGUUACACAACGGGACUGUGUGUGUGCAUCGUGGCUGUUCUCAGGCGGUAUCAUAGCUGUCUCAUCCUCAAUCCUGAUCAGACAGCCCAGGUGUUUGAAGGGUUAUGUGGUGUGGUAAAGCAUGUUGUGAACCCCUCAGAAUGUUCCUCCCCCGAGAGAUGCAUCUUAGCCUACCUCUACGAUCUCUAUGUGUCAUGUAGCCACCUCAGAAGUAAAUUUGGAGACCUCUUCAGGUGGAUCUGCUGUUACUACUUCCUUUGUAGUAUGUCUCUUUUGAGUCAACAACCUUUCCUCUCACUGGUCCUUACCUGCCUUAAGGGACAAGAUGAACAACGGGAAGGCCUCCUAACAUCUCUUCAGAAUCAAGUUAAUCAGAUUUUAAGUAAUUGGAGAGAAGAACGAUACCAAGAUGACAUAAAAGCACGGCAGAUGAUGCAUGAAGCAUUGCAACUUCGCCUAAAUUUGGUGGGUGGAAUGUUUGACACUGUGCAGAGAAGCACCCAGUGGACGACAGACUGGGCCCUCCUCCUCCUCCAGAUCAUUACUUCUGGAACUGUUGACAUGCACACUAACAAUGAAUUAUUCACAACAGUUCUUGACAUGCUGGGUGUUUUAAUCAAUGGAACCUUAGCCUCAGACCUAUCAAAUGCAUCCCCAGGGGGAUCUGAAGAGAACAAACGUGCAUACAUGAAUUUAGUAAAGAAACUGAAAAAAGAGCUAGGAGACAAGAGAUCAGAAAGUAUUGACAAAGUUCGACAGUUGCUACCUUUGCCAAAACAGACAUGUGAUGUCAUCACUUGCGAACCUAUGGGUUCCUUGAUUGACACUAAGGGAAACAAAAUUGCUGGAUUCGACUCUAUAGAUAAAAAACAGGGUCUUCAGGUCUCUACAAAGCAGAAGGUGUCCCCGUGGGAUUUGUUUGAGGGUCAGAAGAACCCAGCUCCUCUGUCCUGGGCCUGGUUCGGGACUGUCCGAGUGGACCGAAAGGUGAUCAAGUACGAGGAGCAGCAUCACCUGCUGUUGUAUCACACACACCCCAUGCCCAAGCCCCGAAGUUACUACCUCGAGCCACUGCCCCUGCCUCCCGAGGAGGAAGAGGAAGAGCCCACAUCUCCCGUCUCUCAGGAACCAGAGAGGAAAUCAGCUGAGCUGUCAGAUCAGGGGAAAACCACAACAGACGAGGAGAAGAAAACAAAGGGAAGGAAGCGCAAGACGAAAUCAAGCUCAAGAGUUGAUGAGUAUCCACAGAGCAACAUAUACCGAGUGCCUCCUAACUACUCACCCAUUUCCUCCCAGAUGUUGCACCAUCCACAGUCCACCUUGUGGGGCUACAACCUCAUGGGUCAGCCCCAGCAGCCGGGUUUUUUCCUUCAGAACCAAUCUCUUACUCCAGGUGGCUCCAGACUGGACCCCACGGGCUCCUUCGUCCCCACCAACACCAAGCAAGCUCUGUCCAACAUGCUGCAGCGGCGCUCGGGCGCCAUGAUGCAGCCGCCCCCGCUGCACGCCAUCACCUCGCAGCAGCAGUUAAUACAGAUGAAGCUUCUGCAGCAGCAGCAGCAGCAGCGGCUUCUCAGGCAAGCCCAGGCUCGACCUUUCCAGCAGGACUUCUGUAACUCUGCUGUCUCCCUUCUGGAAGACUUUGACAACAUAAUGGUAACACCCCUGCUGUCAUUCCUUUUUUCUUUUGAGACUGUAACACAGAAUCAUGAAUGCAUCGACCAUGUUCGAUUUAAUGGGAUUUAUUUCUGA